CAGUCACCACACGACUUCACACCCUGUAGAAGUUCAAGUGUCACUAUUGCAUAGUGAGUCGCCAUUGUCAUCAUGAAGGAGCUGUUGAUGCUGCUCGCUCUCGCGGCCGCCAUGGUGGCGGUUCAGGCUUGCAGGGAAAAAAGUGAAUGCCACGAGCUGAUGCACGAUGUGAUGCAUAAAGACAACAUGAAGGAAAUUAUAGGAAGCUGUAUGGAGGAAAAUGGAAUCGUCCCUGAUAUAGGUCGACGAUCUGGUGGCCGCAGACAAAAGAGAAGCCCUCAUAUGAUGCGAUUCAUUUCACGUCUUCCUGAAGCAAAUCAAACAGCCCUAGCCGAGUGUAUCUUCGAGAAAGAAGGCCUUCUCACAGAAGAGGGUUUGUUCGAUGCGACGACGUUCACAGAAGUCUUGGUCGCCAAGUUAGGAGAAGCACAGCAAACUACGCAAGCAGAAGCCAUGUUGGCUGCCAUUGAGGACGGCGUUUGUGUAGUCGAAGAGGGCGAACCUAACUUGAGGCUGGUCUUCGAUUUCAUAUGGUGCCUCAAAGAAGAGUGUAAAGAUGUAACCGACACAUCAUCUGAAGAAGCAUAACAAUGAACACGGAAAGAGCAAAACAGCGGUUACUGGAAAUCCUGUGGACGCUCCUUUCGAACUGAUAAUUGAUCUUGUAAAUGCUGAUUCGCUUCAGAAUCUUUUGAAUAUAAAAUCUAAUCUCAAAUCCCCCUUUAUUUUCGACAUUUCUUCUUAAUAAAUCCUUAGCAUUCA